AUGAACCUCUUUGAUCGAUUUAUAAAUCGUGGCGUCCGGAAACGAGAGCGGACGCUCGACGCCAAACGAAACGCCCUGGGAAACUCGCUGCCCAGCAGAGAAAAUGCCGCUUUCCGGGGAACCCGGGAUUCGAAUAAACCCUCCCGGUUGGGGCGGGUGUCACAGUACUCACGGGAUCGGAAGCGUUUCCAGCUGGAUAGUGUCGAAGGCAGCGAUGACUCACCGGUGGAACUCGAGGAGGAUCGUGGCGUCCCAACGACGUUGACGCAUCACGGGAAACCUUUGCUCGAUGCAGCCAAGUCGGGCCGAACGCUCGAUCGCAAGCGACAUAAGACUGACUUGACCUUGGAUUCGUUUGAUGCGCUCCCUGACGAUCGCAGCGAUAGUUCUGGGGACGUAGGCGGGGCAGUUGACCUGCUCGCUGCAACCGAGACGAAUGAUUCCGGCGGCGACUCGGAAACGUCCCGUUCAAAACCUCGGUUUAGAGACCUCAUGGAGAACUGGGCACUGCAGCGCGAACGGGUCAAAAAAGAGCGGCAGUUGGAGCGCCUGCUUCACGAGCAGCAAACAGAACGUCUGGAUGCAGUGUUCCGCGAGCUUAGCGACCAGCUCGUACGAAGGAAAUCCACCAACAAAAAUGACGCAGCGAACGCAGAUGCUCACCCGACCGUACCCGUUGCAACGCUGGAUGAAUACGAUCUGAUGCUUCAGCAGCUAGCUGAGGAGCCCCGCUCGAAGCCCGCCGAACCAGAGUCCAUCAAAGAAACUCGGCGGCAAGAGCGCGCAUUGGGCCUGCUUGCAGCAAAAGAGCUAACCAACGAUACUUUCUCUGUUGAAUCUACACCGAUGAGCCAGAAGCUUCUUUCAGAAGACGCGAACGGAACUCCGUUGCUUCCAAUGGACCCUGACUCGCUCAGUUCCGAUGCCGAUCCCGAUGAAUCACACAGCGACUCGCUCGCACAGCACGCUGCUGGUGCAGACGCGCACUCGGCCCUGGCUCAUCAGCUUCACGCGUUGGAGCAGCUCUGGCAACAAAUGCCGCCGAUUCGUGAGAACCCCGCACUCGAUACCUGCCUCGCAAAGAUUGACGAGGAAGCCGCUCGUUUUCUGGGCGGGAGAUGGCGUCCACGAUCUGCCUCGCCAGCGAAAGCAUCACCCCCAGGUCUGGUGUCUGUCGGUGCUGGCAACGCCGCUUCCGAUAUGGAGAUCAGUGACCACGGUAGUCAUGUUGCUGCCACGCUCGGACAGUGGGCACUGCACCAGCUCAGACGAUUGGAGGAAUUGCUGCGUAUUGCACCAGAUCAGUGGAUGCAUUGGACUUGUGAAGAGGCUGGCUGGCGACGACUCUGGUCAGCGGCACUAGUCAUGCAGGCACUGUGUCGGCUGUUUCCGAAGCAGCAAUCUCGGCAUCCGGUAACCGCACCGCUCGCCCUGCUUCUCAGCGAGUUCUUUGGCAGUAUGACACUGGCAUUAGACGCCCAGACAGGUUCGCAUCCGGUGACCGCAGAAAUGCCGCCCUCGACUUGGCGCUCACUGGCUUUGCUGAUCGUCCUGGCACACUUAUGGAUCGAUGGCUUGGUGCUGGCCUCGGGACGACUCCACCCCGAUGCGUACGCUUUCCUGCGCGCGUUGCUGGAUCUCUUGCGGCUCUUUCGCCAGUCCACAAAGUCGUUCGCAGAUCGCCAUGGACUCAUCGAGAACAGUGUCACCCGUGAUACAUCCGCCUCGGAGGCUCUGGAUCACUUGUACCAGUGCGCGGUACCAGCGAGCACUGCCGUGGUCGACCCGGCGUUGUUGUCGCUCGCCACAGGGACACUCUGCGAGCAACUGGAACAGAACGCACAGAUGCAGCGGUACCUCCAGCUGCCGCUCGGUGUCGCAUUACAGUCGUCUUUGCGGGAAUUGUUUCUGGUGAUGGACACGGACCUGCCGCCCUGGUGCAAGCGAUACACCGCAGCGCUACAAAAAGCAGAGCGUUCACUGCCGACAGCUCCGCGGCAUCGCUAUCGCGCGAACGAGCCCAAGUUGCUGAAUCCGCGGCUGGACAUGGACCGAGCGGGGCGCAGUUCCAGCCAGCAAACCGAUGAGGAUAAGAAACUGCGUCAGCAGUUCCGACGUGAGCUGCGAGCAACCGGGAGAGUGCUCCGACGCCGACAGGAGGUCUUUGCUGCUCAGCGGUUGCAGGCCGAGCACAGUAGGCGUGUGCAGCUGCAGCGCCGCGCGCGCCAAGCCACCGGUCUCAUUGGUAGCGAACAGCUUCGCUGA